CAACGUGGGUGAGUCGAUGCCCCAGCCAAGAUGAUGAGUCAUUUCCAGAGGGGAGCCCGGGACAAGGCGCCAAGCAACUCACCAAAAUACAAAAAGAUAAGCUUCGACAUUUCUUUUCAAACGUUUUCGACAUUGAUAAGGAUGAUCUGAUAUCCACCCAAGACUUUGAUUCGUUCAGUGAGAGACUCAAACACUUUGCAGACUGGACAGAUAAUUCAAGUGAAUUUUCUACUUUACAACAAGUGCAGCAAGGCUUUGUUGAUGAUUUCAUUCUCACAAAGAAUGCGGAUAAAGAAGUGUUCAAUACUCGACUGGAAAAAGAAAUAGUUACAAUAGAAGAAUGGUUGGACGUUUGGGGAAAUUUGCUACAACAAGCGAGAAAUGUGCACGAUCUACCAGUCUGGUUGCAAUAUUUGCCGAAAUUAAUUUUUCGUGCCAUAAAUAAGUCAGGUUCGGGUAAAAUAUCACGCGAAGAGCUGAGCUCAUUCUAUUCAUCAGUUUUAGGUUUUAGUACUCACAGAGUGGAGGAAAUAAUUGAUGAAGCCUACAAUGCAAUGACAGCUAACGGAGAUUACCCAUUGACGUACUCAAUUUACCGAUUAUGCUUCGCCAAUUUUCUCCUAGGCAGAAAUCCAAAUGGCUCAGGCCAGUACAUUUUCGGAUUUAUGACAAAAAGCUUGGAUUCCUUCCCUGUUGACUACAGUGCUAUGAAUACACCGCCAGAGGAGCUUGAACAAUACUCACCGAGCAAAAAAAGCAAUAGACACUCUGUUAUAGUAUGAUAUUAAUAGAUUAAAAUUUGAAUUAUUACUCCUAAAAUACUAUUAUAUAUUUAUUGAUGAAUAAUUAUUUAUUUACACAUGUAAAUACUGUACCAACAUGGUAGAGACGAGUAAUAUGUUAAUUAUCUCCCAAUUUUUUAAUUCAAGUUAGAAUUUAUUAAUGCUAGUCAAUUGAGUUUUUUAUUUAAGUAGUCCUAAUUCUAUUGAAGAAAAACAAACAAGUUUUUAAAAAUAACGAUUUAUACAAUUAAGAUGGUUUCGUAGUAAUAAAAAAAACAGUAAAGAGCCUCACAAUACAAACGAUCUACACAACCUUUAGACGCUUUCAAAUGGUUUGGAUAACUUUUAACUUGAGAAACAUGAAUUUUGUACAUUUUUCGGUGUCUGACAGGACUGCACAGGCUAAUUCUUGUGCUAUGGGCUGUAGCCUUAUUAACUUUUUGGUCAGGCCCUUACUAGAAUUUAUCGUAGCUUGAAUUUUAAUAUUUUCAAAAAUUUGAAAACUGUUGCAGAUUUAAGCUAAAUGAUCCGUUUUUUGAAGCAAUCGCUUGAUAUUUUCUUCGCAUUGUUUAAUAAAUUAUUCAUGAUUGAACAUUUUGUAUAACAUUGAAGAUUGACAAAGCAGUUUAUUUUGUAACAUUUGGGAUUAAACCAAACGGGGAUUCUAUUUUUCAUGAAAAAUUCGAAGUUACUUAUAAUUUAUUUGAUAAAUAUAUGAAAUUCAUAAAAAAUUGGAUAACAAGAAAUAAUUCUUUGCAAUUAUUCACUGGAAUAAUUCAUUGCUAAGUUGAGCAUAGAAUAAUAUAGGAAAAUCUUCAUAUAAAAUAGUAGUGCUUGUGAAUGUUUUCUCUGAGGUUGAAAUUAGUACCGUAUACUGUACAUAUUUCGAAUUUUUACAGAAAAGAUCUACAAGGCAUGUAUAAAAAUAUUAAUAAGAAAUUAACAAUAAUAUUGUACAACUUAGGCCAAAGAUCAUUUUAAAAGCUGAAAAUAUGUUAAUAAGAACUACCUAUGUACGAAGGUUUAUUCGCUUUGUAACACAGCUUAUAUUGCAUUACAGUGUCAAAUAUAUUAUCGUAUUAUAAUCAAUGAUAAUAAAUGAAUUUCCUUGAAUUUAUUAUGUACUUUCAUUCUGUUAUAUUGAUUGACAACAAUUACAGCUGAUAAUAUAUACAAUGCUUAUGAACUAUAUAAUUAUAUGCUGAGUGAUAGUUCAUUACUCAAAAUGAACUGUUCAUUGAUUGUGUUCAUGGGAGGUUGCGGUACAUUUACGAUAUCGACCAAGGACACGGAAAUGCGUUCGGUGGGAGCUUUUGACAGUUCAGGUACCGGUAGCCAUCUUGGAACAGAGUGGAGUGGUGCAUGCUCACUUGCACCGCUCAAAAAGUAUGUU